UCACGUCUCCGUCUCUUUCUGUAGCUCUCAUUCCAGCACAGGAUCGCAGCAUUUUUUCCCUCUUUCCCCCAAACACUUCAAUAUACAGAGUCUUUUCUUCUCCCUCAUUUGCAACUUCUUUUUAAAAGAGAACAUUUCCUAAGGAGAGGGGCUUUGCUGAAUAGAAAAGAUAUAAAACAAAAGCUACAGCAGCCUGACUUCCAGCGUGGCAUUGUCACCAGCCCCCUUUGCAUGGUGAUGCGAUUAAGGUAACAGCAUUUUUAUUAUUCAGGAAAAGCAGCUAGGGGAUUCAUCAGUUCUGAGGCUUUGUCUCUCCUGGGCUAACUGAUGGUUCUGAGUCUUGGUUUGACCUGACCAUGAUGCCCAAGACUGGCACUUUUUGUUUUUUCUCAGCAAACUGUACAACCCCAAAUCUCUUUUUGAUUUUCAAGGAAACUAGAUUCCUGCCAGAUUUUGAGUCUGGACAAUAAAUAGGCACUUUGUCCUAGUCUCCUUUCUGGAAUCAUUUCGGGAUAUUUUCCACAACCAUCACAGAAACAGGAAUGUACCGGCAGCUAGUGAACAUUUUGACAGCCUUGUUUGCAUUUUUCUUAGGGACAAACCACUUCAGGGAAGCUUUCUGCAAAGACCAUGACUCCAGGUCUGGAAAACAUCCCUCGCAGACCCUAUCUCCUUCAGAUUUCUUGGAUAAAUUAAUGGGAAGAACAUCAGGAUAUGAUGCAAGAAUCAGGCCAAAUUUUAAAGUCUCAUCAUCAUUUUCAUUUUGUUUACAUCGCUAACCACAGAUGUUGAUGGAGCUGUAAUGUUGCUUCAAUGUCUAUUGCAAUAUUUUUAUUGCAUUCUGCAGGUCCUCCAGUAAACGUUACUUGCAAUAUUUUUAUCAACAGUUUUGGAUCAGUCACAGAAACCACCAUGGACUACCGAGUGAACAUUUUUCUGAGACAGCAGUGGAAUGAUUCACGGCUGGCAUACAGUGAGUACCCAGAUGAUUCCCUGGAUUUGGAUCCCUCAAUGUUGGAUUCGAUUUGGAAACCGGAUUUGUUCUUUGCCAAUGAAAAGGGUGCCAAUUUCCAUGAUGUCACCACUGACAACAAGUUGUUGCGGAUUUCCAAAAAUGGCAAAGUGCUCUACAGUAUUAGACUCACCUUGACUUUAUCUUGUCCAAUGGACCUGAAGAACUUUCCAAUGGAUGUCCAGACCUGUACAAUGCAGCUGGAGAGUUUUGGGUACACCAUGAAUGACCUGAUAUUUGAGUGGUUAAGUGAUGGUCCAGUACAAGUUGCUGAAGGACUCACCUUGCCCCAGUUUAUUUUGAAAGAAGAGAAGGAGCUUGGUUAUUGCACAAAGCAUUACAACACUGGCAAGUUUACCUGCAUUGAGGUCAAGUUUCACCUGGAGCGCCAGAUGGGCUACUAUUUGAUCCAGAUGUACAUCCCCAGCCUGUUGAUAGUCAUUUUGUCCUGGGUCUCCUUUUGGAUAAACAUGGAUGCAGCCCCUGCCAGGGUUGCCCUGGGCAUCACAACAGUCCUGACAAUGACUACACAGAGUUCAGGUUCCAGGGCAUCUCUGCCAAAGGUCUCCUAUGUGAAAGCAAUUGACAUCUGGAUGGCGGUAUGCCUUCUCUUUGUGUUUGCUGCCUUACUGGAAUAUGCAGCAGUGAACUUUGUCUCCAGGCAACAUAAGGAGUUCCUUCGUCUCCGGAGACGACAGAAGAGGCAGAAUAAGGAAGAAGAUGUUACUCGUGAAAGUCGUUUUAACUUCAGUGGCUAUGGGAUGGGUCACUGCCUCCAAAUGAAAGAUGGCACAGCUGUCAAGGCUACACCUGCCAACCCACUUCCACAACCCCCCAAAGAUGCAGAUGCUAUCAAGAAGAAGUUUGUGGAUCGGGCAAAAAGAAUUGACACCAUAUCUCGAGCUGCCUUCCCACUGGCCUUCCUCAUUUUCAACAUCUUUUACUGGAUCACAUACAAGAUCAUUCGGCAUGAAGAUGUCCACAAGAAAUAGAUGUACCCUGUUGACCCUGGACCUUCUUGCCUAAGUGUUGUGCUUGUAAAUACACAGUAAUAGUGUCUUUAUAUCGCUUCAACAGAGAAGAACAUUGAGGGUGGGGGGAGGGAAAUCACGAGGGUGGGGUUUCUGGCACCUAUAUGACAAAAGACAGGUUCUAUGGGAAAUUAAGAAAACUGCACAAAAUUAAGGUGUUGCAGAAUCACAUGAGCAUAACUCCCAUCCAUAGUCUAUAGCAUUGUUCUUUCAGAUGAUGCAUCGCUCAGACAUGAUGUGCAAGGUCAAGUUCUCAAUGGAUGAUUAAUUUAUGGUUUGACUUGAUGAGAUUUGGUUCUGAAAGUUUAGUUUAAUGCGCGCGAGUACGCGCGUGCGUGCGCGCACACACACACACACACACACACACACACACACACACUGAAAAUGCUUACCAUCUGACAAUAGUGACUAGUCUAUAGUAAAUAAUUGAGGACCAAACUUUUUCAGGAAAAUGCUGCCUCGUUUUUAAAACAAGCCUCCUGAGCUAUGACAUUUACAAUGUCUGUAAUUAGUGUUUCACCCAAGAAAUCCUUCUGUGGGUUGUAAAUUCUUUCUAUGUACCAGAAAACAAGAUAAACACAAAUGACAAAGAACAGAUUUCUACUCUACUGUCUGUAGGUGUCCACUUUGAUAUUAUUUUUCUUUCCUAGAUGUAAAUUGGGGGUUUAUUGUGUGUUGCGUAAUUGAUUUACUGGUAUAUCCUCUUAAAACAAAUGCUCAUUUUAUUUUAGAUCAAGUUAGCAUACUAUGUAUAUUUUUUUCACUUUGGCUAUAUUUACGUGUGACUUUAAGUGCCCAAGUGUAACUUAGCUAUUGCUGUCGCUAAGCCACAGUAUUUAUGGAGAUGGUGUGUUGUGACCGGUGUAGCUCAGAUUAGCUCAAACUUCCCAUUUCUGCCCUCAUUGUAGCUGUAACUACUAGUCCUAAUGUUGACUGACCAGUAAUUUGUACUUUCAAUCCAAGUGAAUAUCGUUUUAAAUAUCCUUGACUAACUUAAAAACUUUAAAACUGUACUGUGAUUUUCAUAACCCGUUGCCUUUUUGGUACCAGAGCUACGUGGUUUGAAUCCUGGCUACAUGUUUUAAGUAAGAAAAAAAAAUGUAUUUUUGCUUACUCAAAAGACAACCUGUAAAAAUAUAUGGAAAUAAUUACAUUUUACAUGUGCUGUGAAAGGGAUUAUUUUAAAAAAGCAUUUGUUCAGUUUCAAUAAAGAUAAGUGUGCCACUAA